AUGAUGAUGAUGAUGAUGAUGAUCGAUGAUGAUGAUGAUGAUGAUGAUGAUGAUGAUGAUGAUGAUGAUGAUGAUGCUGAGGAUGAUGAUGGUGAGGAUGAUGAUGAUGAUGGUGGUGUUGAUUAUAUUUAUGAUAUCGAUGUUUGGGCGAGUAGUCCUGUUGUUGUUGUUGUUGUUUAUGCAUGUAGACUUAGGUUGGGACAUAGAAAGAUGUUUGCUAGAGAACAGUUCAUUCUAAUUCUGUUUUAA